AUGUUGCUCCUCGACUACCAGAAUGUUCUCAUCGAGUCGCUGCUCAAUGACCGCUUCUCCGGCCAAGCCCCCGUCUCCAUCGACCAGAUCGUCUCCGACUUCGACGGCGUGACGUUCCACAUCUCCACCCCCGAGGCCAAGACCAAGAUUGUCAUCUCCAUCGCCGUCCGCUGCUUCCAGGAGCUGGUCAAGUACGGAGCACAGGAGGUGCUGGAGCGCGAGUACGGCCCGUACAUUGUCGCCCCGGAGUCUGGCUACGACUUCUCCAUCCAGGUUGACCUCGAGGACCUGCCCGCCGAGCAAGAGGCCCGCGAUGACCUGGUCCGCCGCAUUUCGCUGCUGAAGCGCAAUGCCAUGGCCGCUCCCUUCGAGCAGGCCUUCGACGAGUUUGCCGCCCUGCAGGAGGAGGCUGCCAAGUACACCUCCGAAUCCGCCCCGCAAGGCAUCCGCGAGGGCGGCGAGGUCCGCGCUAUCCACUAUCGCGAGGAGGAGGCCAUCUACAUCAAGGCGAGCCACGACAGAGUUACCGUCAUUUUCAGCACCGUUUUCAGAGAAGAGACGGACCGCAUCUUCGGCAAGGUUUUCCUCCAGGAAUUCGUCGACGCGAGAAGGCGGGCUAUCCAGAACGCUCCCCAGGUCCUGUUCAGGAACGACCCUCCGCUUGAGCUUCAGGGCCAGCCCGAGGUCGCUCAGGUUCAGAAGGGCGAGGUUGGCUACAUCACCUUCGUCCUUUUCCCAAGGCACUUGACCCCUCAGCGUCGCUACGAGGUCAUUUCUCACAUCCAGACCUUCCGUGACUACUUCCACUACCACAUCAAGGCGUCCAAGGCCUACAUUCACUCGAGAAUGCGGAGACGCACCGCCGACUUCCUCCAGGUUCUGCGCAGAGCCAGGCCUGAGACGGAGGAGAAGGAGAGGAAGACUGCUAGCGGCCGUACCUUCAAGGUCAACUUCUAG